CGCCAUGGAGCGCAAACACCUAUCGCGAGUCCCUUUGACUUUUAAAAUCGCAGAAAAAUGCAUAAGUUCGAAAGCUCGAACCGGAUUAAUGAUCCUACCGCAUCACGAUGUUGACACUCCGGUAUUCAUGCCGGUUGGCACGCAGGGAACCCUGAAGGGGCUGCUGCCUCAGCAGUUGGAAAAAUUGGAUUGUCAAAUAAUUCUUGGAAAUACGUAUCACCUUGGAACGAGACCGGGCACAAAAAUUUUACAAAUGGCAGGUGGCUUGCACAAAUUUAUGAAUUGGAAAAGAGCUCUUCUCACAGAUUCUGGUGGAUUUCAAAUGGUCUCUUUACUUCAACUCGCGCAUAUCACUGAAGAGGGUGUAACAUUCCAAUCUCCCUAUGACGGAUCUGAAUGUGUGUUAACACCGGAACACUCGAUUGAGAUACAAAACACAAUUGGUGCAGAUAUCAUAAUGCAGCUCGACGAUGUGGUUCAUGCGAAAGUAACCGGACCUCGAGUUGAAGAGGCAAUGCAUAGAACCACGAGAUGGGUAGACAGGUGCCUUGUAGCUCAUCAAAAGUCUGACGAACAAAAUAUUUUCCCUAUUGUUCAAGGCGGACUGGAUCCGCAGCUCAGAACGGAGAGUGCCAAAUUGUUGACACAGCGGCAAGUCAAUGGCUUUGCCAUCGGAGGUCUGAGUGGUGGAGAAAGCAAGAAUGAUUUUUGGAGAAUGGUACAUUUGACAACAAAUGUUCUACCAGUAGAUAAACCAAGAUAUUUAAUGGGGGUUGGAUUUGCUGUCGAUUUAGUUGUGUGCUGCGCUUUAGGAGUGGACAUGUUUGACUGUGUCUUCCCAACUAGAACUGCGAGAUUUGGUUGUGCGCUGAUACGAACAGGUCAAUUAAAUUUGAGACAAAGGCAGUACAAAUAUGACGCAGCACCGAUAGACGAUUCCUGUGAUUGUUCAACCUGUAAGACCUAUACUCGUGCCUAUUUACAUCAAGUAGUGACACAGGAAACCGUGGCUUGUCACUUGCUCAGUGUGCAUAACAUCAGCUUCCAAUUGAGGCUGAUGAGAGAUAUCAGAGACAGUAUCAAAGAGCAGAGAUUUCCGCAGUUUGUUCAGAAAUUUAUGUCAGAGUUAUACCCAGAUGGAGAAUAUCCAACGUGGAUAACAGAGGCUCUAGAAGCUGUUAAUAUUAAAUUAUCGUAAUGAUUACUUCAAUGCACUAGAAAAUAAAUUUAAUUCAAACUAAAUAGACAAUGUUUGGAUUCCUUGUCGUUCGAUUGGCGGAAAAUAGAGAUCUGCAUUCUGCACUCGGUGUGUACUUUUUCUGCAGCUUGAAUUCGCCGUUACACUUGUAAUUAGUCAAUUUUUUGCUUUUUCUGUGGAUUAUAACCAUAUCGCUGAGUCAGCUUUUUUUGGCUUGUUAUUUUACUGAAACAAGAUCUUAAAAUACGUUUU